CGCCUCUCAUUGCAUUAUACACUGCUCAUUGGUACUAUAAUCUCUGAAUUUAAGGUAUGUUGCUGACAAGACAGCUGAGUUCAGACUGAAAAGGCUGAAAAGGUGAUCCGCAUAUACGCGCUCAUGGCCCUAUACGUUGCGUAUUGUUUCGAAUUUUUUCCUUUUACCCCAAGCUUACGGGAUUUAUGUAAUACAAAUGUUCAAAAAUCCCAAAAAAGUGAUGAAAAUGAUAAAAAUUUUCAAAUAAACGGUCUGGUUAAAUUAGAUUCGAAUCACGAUGUCAAAUUGGGACUUUGGAUAUUUUUUUGGUGAAAUUUCGAAUGAGUCAUAUGUCUCCGAUAGCGUUUGGUUACCCGGCGUUGAUCGAGGUGAGGAGGAGGUGGUUUCCGUGCGUCCGCAACACGCCGGAACUUACCAUUCGCAUCAGGAAGGGAGUGUGCGGUCCGUGGUGCCUGAUUUGAACCAGGUCGUAGAGGAGGCGGGACCAUCUUACGUGGCUCAAAGCUAUCCACAACAGGAAAAACAUGCAUACGGUACUUACCAUUCCCAUCAGGAAAAACAACGCAAGAAAAAGUCCGAGGAAGGUGCUUUUGACAUCGAGGAAGACGAGAACGAAAUCGAGAAAGGUGUUACACACUUCGAGGAAAGUGAUCAAGACGAGGAAGAUGGUGGUGACUGGGACGAUGGUGGUGGCGGGGACGAUGGUGGUGAAAAGGACGAUGGUGCUAAUGACCCGAAAAAACAAGGAAAGGUAUUUGCGACACUUCACGAGUUAAAGAAUUGGGCUUACAAAACAGAAAUUGCGAAAGGUUACGUCAUUGUGACCCAACGAACGGUAACAAAGGGUGAAGAUUCGUCAGCAAGGACAGUGAAGAUAUGGUUGCAAUGCGACCGUGGAGGCACAUGCAAAAGUAAAGCAACAGUUCGGCGUUCUGGUAGCAAGAAGAUUGGGUGUCCUUUUAAAAUGAUAGGGAAACUAGACGCAAGUAGUGGCAAUUGGAGCUUAGUGGUGAAGCAAAAGGAUCAUAACCAUGAGCAUGCGGUAUUUCUCGAGGGUCACGCGUUUGCAAGAAGGUUGACCCCAGACGAAGAAUUAUUGGUAGAGAGACUUUAUAUUCAAAACAUGGAGCCUACGAACAUACAUUUAACCAUAAGAAAACAAAACCCACAGAGCGUGUGCAUUCUACGAGACAUACAAAACGUGAUAAAAAGAUUAAAGUCAAAAUGUACGGUGAUCGGACUCCAAUGCAGAUAUUGGAGCAAAUGUUGCAUGAAGGAAGGUAUGUUUACCACACCCGGGUGA